UGGGCCCCGGUGCUGCAGCAGCCGCAGCGCCAGCCGCGGCUCCGGCUCCGGCUCCGGCUCCCGGGCAUUUAAAGGGGACGCGGCGGCGGCCCGGGGAGGAGGAUGGAGGGCAGGUGGAAGGGACGGCCCACACGCACGUCAUCCACGGUCCCUCGGGACUGGAGGGACUAGUGAGCCGGAGCCCAGAAAUCCGGGGGUGGACAAGACAUCGCGUCCCCCCUAAUUCCCGUAAGCACCCCUUCCUCCAACCUGCGCCCAAAUACCUUAGCCAGCUCCUCUCCCCACUCCUUACACUCCAAACUCAGCCAGGACAGACCUUUGCCGCUACCGCUCCCACACUGCAGGAGAAGCUGAGAGAUCCUGUUUCCUUCUCUCAGAGGGACUUUUGGUGUCCACAACAGGAUUUGAUCACUCAAGACAAAGCUCCUGGAGGAGCUCUGGACGACUGCUGGAGGCCAACAGAGUCCCUAGAGGUGGAGCUCAGGGUGAUAAACUGACAAUGAGCGGGUGUUUUCCAGUUACUGGCCUCCGAUGCCUGUCUAGGGUAUGCCGUGGCCUGGUGUGGGCUCCCACCUCCCCAAGCCACACUUCUUCUCCUGCUGCCUGCUUGCUUCGGACUCUGGCAGAAACCCCACCCGCUGACAAGUUCCUCCCGGGGAAUUGGUCUUGGACGUGCCAGCGCUCCUGGCCGUGGCCCGCUAACCAGCCUCUCCCUGGCCGGCUCCCGCCGCGCCUCUCGCUUGCUCCCUCCUCCUCCUGCUCCUCUCCCCCCUGCUCCCAGGACGGUGUGAUGGCUGCGCAGGGGACGCCACGUUUCCUCCUGACUUUCGACUUCGAUGAGACCAUUGUGGACGAAAACAGCGACGAUUCGAUCGUGCGCGCCGCGCCCGGCCAGAGGCUGCCCGAGAGCCUGCGUGCCACCUACCGCGAGGGCUACUACAACGAGUACAUGCAGCGCGUCUUCAAGUACCUGGGUGAGCAGGGCGUGCGGCCCCGGGACCUGCGCGCCGUCUACGAGGCUAUCCCCCUGUCGCCGGGCAUGGGCGAUCUGCUGCAGUUUGUGGCCAAGCAGGGCUCCUGCUUCGAGGUUAUUCUCAUUUCGGAUGCCAACACCUUCGGCGUGGAGAGCGUCCUGCGCGCCGCCGGCCACCACGGUCUGUUCCGUCGCAUCCUCAGCAACCCGUCGGGGCCCGAUGCGAGGGGACUGCUGACGCUGCGGCCGUUCCACACGCACAGCUGCGCGCGCUGCCCGGCCAACAUGUGCAAGCACAAGGUACUCAGUGACUACCUGCGAGAGCGGGCCCGCGACGGUGUGCACUUCGAGCGCCUCUUCUAUGUGGGCGACGGCGCCAACGACUUCUGUCCCAUGGGGCUGCUGGCGGGCGGCGACGUGGCCUUCCCGCGCCGAGGGUAUCCCAUGCACCGUCUCAUCCAGGAGGCGCAGAAGGCUGAGCCCAGCUCGUUCCGCGCCACUGUGGUGCCCUGGGAAACGGCCGCGGAUGUGCGCCUCCAUCUGCAACAGGUGCUGAAGUCGUGCUGAGGACCGCCGCCUGCAGGGGGCGCCCGGGGCGAACGGGCGGAGAAGGGGGCAUGGGGGGGGGAUGGGAAAGACAAACCUAGUUUUACUACUCCCUAUACCCUUUCGCUUUGCUAUGUCCCUCCGGAGAUUUCUGGAAUUUCGUUCAUUUGGGGCUGGGAGCAGGUUCCGAGCCGUCCCCUAUCUAUGCCUAUCUAUGCAGUUGACCCGGCUCGGAUACCUCCCCAUUUCCACUACAGUCAAUUCUGGAGUCUGGCCCAACCGGGAGUGGCGCGCAUACCUUGGAAAGCAGCAGUGUUUAAAAUACCCUGUCCUCAGAAUGGAGAGGAAGAGGUUCCCGGCAGAUAAGAGAAGGAACAUCUUCUACUGCUCUAACUGCUGCCUUGGGCUGUGUAACCUCCCCUCUCCUAGUCUUCUCUCGAAGGAUCCCCAAAUUUGCUUGACCGCACCCGACUCCCCGUGGAGACAGAUGACGUUCUCCGCUUAUAGACCCAGGUCUCCUCGAGCUUGCUUCAGCCACGGGAACUCCACCCUAUUGCUGUGCUUGCUACACCUUAACUCCUUGCUCCACUCCAACCCACCAGCAUCCCCAAGGGGGAAAAAAGCCAGGGAACAGUCGCGUCCUGGUGGUGGAACGAGAUAACACACUGACCGCCCUCGGAAUAAGACCAACCAGGGACCUCCAAGGUGUGUAAUGAUGUAUCCUGACACCCCAGCCUCGUCUAUGCAGCAAGAGACCAGGGACUUCACCAAAGUCGUCCUCUGUGUCCUCCUCCUCCCAUAUGGAACAGAAAGCCAUGAUGUUUUUAAGCAGAGCCAGGGAAACCCAUGCC